AUGGCGGGAGAUGAGACCGAGUGCGCCUCCCCACGUGCUCCCACGGCGCCCCUCACGUGCUCCCCACAGCGCCUCCUUCACGUGCUCCCCACGCCUCCCCAUGUGCUCCCCACGCCUCCUUCACGUGCUCCCCAGCGCCUCCCUCAAGUGCUCCCCAUAGCGCCUUCCUCACGUGCUCCCCACAGCGCCUCCUUCCACGUGCCCCCACAGCGCCUCCCAAGUGCUCCCCAUAGCGCCUUCCCCUCUGUGCUCCCCACAGCGCCCUCCUUCACGUGCUCCCCACAGCGCCUCCCUCACGUGCUCCCCACAGCGCCUCCUUCACGUGCUCCCCACAGCGCCUCCUCACGUGCUCCCCACGCGCCCCCUCACGCUCCCACAGCGCCUCCCUUCACGUGCUCCCCCACGCCUCCCCUCAUGUGCUCCCCACAGCGCCUCCUUCACGUGCUCCCCCACAGUGCCUCCUCCGUGGUCCCCACAGCGCCUCCCCAUGUGCCCCCCCAGCGCCUCCUUCACGUGCUCCCCACAGCGCCCCUCACGUGCUCCCCACAGCGCCUCCUUUACGUGCUCCCCACAGCGCCUCCUUUACGUGCUCCCCCAUCACGUGCUCCCCACAGCGCCUCCCUGCGUCCCCACAGCGCCUCCCUCGUGUUCCCCACAGCGUCUCCCCACGUGUCCCCACAGCGCCUCCCUCAAGUGUCCCCCACAGCACCUCCUUCACGUACUCCCCACAACGCCUCUUUCACGUGUCCCCCACAGCACCUCCUUCACGUACUCCCCACAACGCCUCUUUCGUGCUCCCCCAGCGCCCCUCACGUGCUCCCCACAGCGCCUCCUUCGUGCUCCCACAGCACCCCCACGUGCUCCCCACAGCGCCUCCUUCACGUGUUCCCCCAUCACGUGCUCCCCACAGCGCCUCCCUCGUGUUCCCACAGCACGUCCCUCACGUGUCCUCCCACAGCACCUCCUUCACGUACUCCCCACAACGCCUCUUUCACGUGUCCCCCACAGCGCCUCCCCAUGUGCUCCCCAGUGUCCCCACAGCGCCUCCCUCACGUGCUCCCUACAGCGCCUCCCCACGUGUCCCCCACAGCACCUCCUUCACGUGCUCCCCACAGCGCCUCCCCACGUGCUCCCCACGCCUCCCCCACGUGCUCCCUACAGCGCCCCUCCCGUGCCCCCAGCACCUCCCACGUGCCCCCCAGCGCCUCCCUCACGUGCUCCCCACGUGCUCCCCACAGCACCUCCUCACGUGCUCCCCACAGCGCCUCCCCACGUGCUCCCCUACGUGCUCCCCCUCCCAGUGCCCCCCACAGCGCCUCCCCACGUACCAGGUCUUUGGAGGCUCCCACGUUAAUUUUCCUCUAUACAGAGACCUGGAAUUACAUCAUUUACAGUCUAGCGAGAGCCACAAGGAUAACCAAACUUCCAUCAAGAGUCAAAUAUCAUGUGAACCUUGAUUAA